GACGGGAUGGUUCGGUAGAGUGGGAGGAGCUACCCGCGAACCGACCCUGGCCGUGCGAUGCUUCCGAAGGCUCCAAGCUGUGUUUCAAGUUCGGUGACCCCGAAGUAGUGGUCGCCAAAGAUCCCGCUGGAGCUGCUGGAGGGUAUUCGCGUGUAACAUUCAACCUCAGUGAGGGCGAUGACGGCAAGACGCUGUCAGUGCCGAAGGGCCACAAGGCCAAAACGCACCUGGAUAUUCGGCAGCGAUUGGUCUGCGACUCGGGGAAAUUCCGAAAGAACAUCGAGGAGCGCUUCGAGGUGGACUCCGCUGUACUUGGGGAGGGCGGCUUUGGCCGUGUCUUCAGAGCCCGGGACAAGGAAACCGGGGCCCAGCGUGCGGUGAAAACCAUACUGAAAUCACGCGUGACGCACAUGGACGAAGUGAAGAAGGAGCUUCAGCUGACUCAGCGGAUGGACCAUCCCAACAUCGUGAGGCUCUACGCGGUCUACGAAGACCAUGCCAGCCUAUACUUGGUCAUGGAGCUCUGUGACGGAGGAGAGCUGUUUGACCGCCUUGUUGAGGAGAAGUUUUUGACAGAGCCGGUGGCCAGGAAGGUCAUGAAGCAGAUCUUCUCUUCCAUCGCCUACUGUCAUGCCCGGGAUGUCGUCCACAGAGAUCUUAAGCCUGAGAACUUCGUCCUCAUGUCGAAAUUCCGGGCUCCUGACCAGACCCCGCUGAAGCUAAUCGAUUUUGGUUUGGCCACAUACUGCAGAAGAGAUCAAACCCAUAGCGACGCUGUCGGCACCCCUUACUAUGUUGCACCCGAGAUCCUUGGGAAUGCGUAUGGAAGGGAGGUGGACGUUUGGAGCUGCGGGGUGAUCAUGUACGCGUUGCACUCUGGUCGCCUACCCUUCACCGGCAGCACGGAUAUUGACAUUCUGAGGAGCGUCAAGAGAGGACAGUACAGCUUGGAUGGACCUGUCUGGGCCCAGGUGUCAGACUUGGCUAAGGACCUCAUAGGGCAGUGCCUCCAGGUGGAUCCUAGCCAGAGGAUUUCGGCGCUGGAUGCCAUGGCACACAGCUGGUUCAAGUCGCCGUCAUCCGACUGCUCCGUUUUCCAUGCAGAGGUCCUGCAAAAUUUACAGGCUUUCAGUGUGGCGAGCCGUUUCAAGAAGGCCGCGCUCAUAGCCGUGGCGUACCAUCUGACUGUGGAUGAGCGCCAGGAGCUCCGGGAGACCUUCAUGAGGCUGGACCAGAACGGCGAUGGAUUCCUGAGCCUGCAAGAGAUCCGGGAGGGCUUGAAGACGCAUUUGGAGAAGUCUGGUGCAAACGUUUCUGAACUGUUCAAAGGGCUUGCCAAUCCUGAGGGCGAGCUGGAAUACACGCAGUUCGUUGCUGCAGCAAUGGAUCAGCACCUCCAACGGGAUGAAGAGCUGUGCUGGCGCUCCUUCAAGGCCUUUGACAGGGAUGGCAGUGGCUCAAUCACUGUGGAUGAGCUCAAGAAGGUGCUGGAGGUCGACGAGCUCAGAAAUGCAAUCGAAGGCCCGAGCAUCAACAAGAUCUUCGAGUCCGUCGACAAAGACGGUAAUGGAAAGGUUUCCUUUAGUGAGUUCAUGGACAUGCUCCACUCCACGCCGAUCCUGGAACCACAGUCGCCCACAUACUCCUCGGUCUACGGCAAUGCGGUUCCCACCCAGCCGCUGAGCGCUCUCAUCUCUGCAAUGUAG